CUGGCUCUGGACAUGGACAAAGAUGCCGAGGAACAAAACCGCUACCUGGACGGGAUGGAUUCAGACUUCCUGAGUGUGACGGGGCUGCUCAGCGGCAGCGUGAAGCGUUUCUCCGGCUUUUCCCCCCCACGUCGGCCCGGGAGGACCAACCGCAAGCUGCUCUGUUCCGUCUCAGCGGGACUGAUCCUUCUUUUCGUCAUCCUCUACUAUCUCGUGGCCAGAGCGGGGACUUGA